AUGGGACUCACAUCCAAAGAUAAGCAGGACCACUUGGCAGGUUCCCAUGGUGAGGGUCUGAAGGUGGCUGCGUUAGUCAUGCGCCGAGAAGGAUAUAAGUCCCAGAGUGAUCGAGAUGUCACGGUGGUGAUUGGGGCUGGACAUGCUAAUCCAAGUCAACCGGUGUCAUCUGAGACGUUCUUUGGAUGGCUGCAAGUCACGCCCGAUAUUCGCGGGCUCACCUAUCCACACUCGACCAUUGACACCCCCAACGGAGACCUGCUUCUUGACCCGCAGUUUCAAGGAAAGAUUUUUCUCCAUGGGCUUCUGCUGCCCAUGUCUACCUCCGGGGGCAAGGUCUUCAAGUUUGGGUACAAUUUUGCUCUGGAACCAUCCACUAAAGCCCGCAUCUGGAAACAUAUACUACAAGCUUCACAGCAAGGACUCUUCUUUUACAGUGAAACAUCAAGUGCGCAGUCUAUAGGAAUGAUACGAGAAUCCACCGGGAAAAAGCCGACGAGACUUCCUGAGAGCUUUUGGAGACUGCUGCGUUCGGUCUCGCCCAUCCGGACUAUUGACGAGGAGCAACGGAAGUGUUUCAGGGAUACCAAGAUCGGUGCCUUGCCCAGGUCCGUUUUUGCAAGAACAACAGACAGGGCUUUAAGAGCCUGCCUGGCACUCAUGCAGGCAACAAAAGAUAUAAGAGUGCUCUACGUCAACGGCUCGACAGGAAAACUUGAUGUGUUCUACGAUGCCAUGAGCAGCACCUUGAAAAUCCACCAUAGAUGGUUGGACUUUGAUAACGUGCACCAAGAAACCUCGUGCCGGACCUUGUUCCCAAACAAUAUAGGUGGGAAUAGUGCACCCUAUUUCUGCGGCCACGUCGUGGAAGAACUCUUGGCUCUAUCGAUUUGUUCAAUUUUUAAAGCAUCCCCAUUAUUGCGGGCCACCGAGAUGCGAUACAUGCGUCAGAUCAGACGCCUGAUUCGGUUUUUGCCGCAUAGCAUCACAAUAAGCUCCCAUCCAGGAGGUCUGCAGGUCACAUGGGAAGAUAACGAGGCCGAAUCAUUUCGAAAACUUGAUGGGUUUGGAGCAGAUUACGUGGUCGUUCUCCACGCAGAGCAGUGUACCAGUGCAAGAGCGGCGGUUUUCCAAUCGGACACAAUUUCGACCGAAACAGCGUUCGCACCAUGUGGGUGCCGUCAGCAAGUCGUUUGUCAAACGCACCGAUGGUGUGUCUUUGCCAACAUGAAUAUCUCUACCAGGUACUACGCGAUGAUCUGUCUGAACGAAAGGUCGGCAAUCUAUGGUCUCCCGUCUGAAUCGAUACUUCAUGGACCACAAGGAUGA